AUGAAUGUGCGCUCACUCUUAGUCCUGCCUCUGCUGCACCUGUACCUGUGCUCAUCAACCUCUGCUGCACCUGUACCUGAGCUCAUCAACCUCAGCUGCACCUGUACCUAUGCUCAUCAGCCUCUGCUGCACCUGUACCUGAGCUCAUCAGCCUCUGCUGCACCUGUACCUGAGCUCAUCAGCCUCUGCUGCACCUGUGCUCAUCAGCCUCUGCUGCACCUGUACCUGAGCUCAUCAGCCUCUGCUGCACCUGUGCUCAUCAGCCUCUGCUGCACCUCCUCUGCUGCACCUGUACCUGAGCUCAUCAACCUCAGCUGCACCUGUACCUGUGCUCAUCAGCCUCUGCUGCACCUGUACCUGUGCUCAUCAGCCUCUGCUGCACCUGUACCUGAGCUCAUCAACCUCUACUGCACCUGUACCUAUGCUCAUCAGCCUCUGCUGCACCUGUACCUGUGCUCAUCAGCCUCUGCUGCACCUGUACCUGAGCUCAUCAACCUCUACUGCACCUGUACCUAUGCUCAUCAGCCUCUGCUGCACCUGUACCUGUGCUCAUCAGCCUCUGCUGCACCUGUACCUGUGCUCAUCAGCCUCUGCUGCACCUGUACCUGA